AUAUAAUAUGAAACUCACCCAAAAUCAUACUUGUUUCAGCCAUGGCCUUUUCCUACACUAAUAUUUUCUUAUUUUUCUUCCUCCACCAACUAAUCAUUUUCUCUAAUGGCCAAAUUAUUACAAUUAAGGGAGGUUACUGGCUAUGGGACAGUGGAUUAAUAGCCUUAAACAAAAUUGAUUUAACUCCUUUCUCUCACUUAUUUUGUGGAUUUGCUGAUAUUAAUUCCCAAUCCAAUCAAUUAAUUCUCACUUCACCAAAUUCAUUCAUACAAUUUACAAGCAUAGUCCAACAAAAAAAUCCUUCUGCAAAAUUUUUAUUGUCAAUAGGUGGAGGAGGUGCAAAUAAAACAACAUAUGGAGUUAUGGCUACAGCACCAAAUUCAAGAAAAAGUUUUAUUGAUUCAUCAAUAAAAUUAGCUAGACAAUUGGGAUUUCAUGGUCUUGAUCUUAGUUGGAUAUUUCCAGAAUCUGCUUCAGACAUGAUGAAUUUAGGCAUCCUUUUGAAUGAGUGGCGCAUUGCUAUCAACACGGAGGCAAGAAACUCCAGCAAAGUGGCUUUACUUUUCACGGCAGCCGUUUCCGGUUCGCCCCGAGUCAAUGGUUCAAUUUAUCCGGUUCAAUCACUAGCAAAAAAUUUAGACUGGAUCAACCUAAUAGCAUACGACUUCUACGGACCAAAUUGGUCGCCAUCACAAACAAAUUCACAUGCACAAUUAUUCGACCCGGUGAACUAUGUGAGUGGUAGUGACGGAAUCAACCAAUGGAUUCAACAAGGUGUCCCAUCACAAAAAAUUGUUUUUGGUAUUCCUUUUUAUGGAUAUGCAUGGAGAUUGAAUAAUACGAAUAUUCAUGGUCUCAGGGCACCGGCUAUCGGAAAAUCAGAUGUCUACGAUGAUCCGUGGAUGACAUAUGACCAAAUUAGGGAUUUUAUAGUGCAACAUCGUGCCACGACCAUACAUGAUGAUAGAAUUAUUGGAGAUUAUUGUUACUCGGAAAAUACUUGGAUUAGUUAUGAUGAUAUUCAAACUGUUAAGACUAAAGUGUCUUAUAUUAAAAGCAGAGGGCUGCUUGGUUAUUAUGCAAUGGAUAUUUCAGGAGACACUAAUUGGAAUUCUCUUCUUUCUCAUGCUGCUUCACAAGAAGCUGAUGGAAUGACACAAGGAGAAAUUGUGAAGAAGAAGAAAAAACUCAAUCGACUAGUUAUCAUUUUGAUUCCAAUUGGUGCACUACUAAUAUUGAUAUUGUUAGUGUUUAUAAUUUGGUAUCUUCGAAGGAGACAAGUACCUAAGUUUCAAGAGUUAGAGAGGAACCAAAGGAACAAAAUGGGAAGUAAAAAUAAAGCAAGAAAAAGUGGAGAUAAUAGCAAUUUGCAAGUUUUUAGUUUUGAUGAGAUGAAGGAAGCUACAAAUAAUUUUUCAUUUGACAAUAAGCUUGGAGAAGGGGGAUAUGGACCUGUUUUCGAGGGAAAGUUGAGGAAUGGGGAAAAAAUAGCAGUGAAAAGGUUAUCAGAGACUUCAUCUCAAGGAUUGGAAGAAUUUGAAAAUGAAGUGAUUCUUACUGCAAAAUUACAACAUAUAAAUCUUGUAAAAGUUGUGGGAUUUUGCAUUGAAAAUGGAGAAAAAAUGUUGAUCUAUGAAUAUAUGCCCAACAAGAGCUUGGACCACUACAUUUACAAUCAAGUGAGAAGAUUAGUUCUAAAUUGGGAAAAAAGAGUGCAAAUAAUUGAAGGCAUUAUUCAAGGGCUAUUAUACCUCCAAGAAUAUUCAAGAUUAACAAUUAUCCAUAGGGAUAUAAAAGCCAGCAAUAUUCUAUUGGACUUACAAAUGAAACCAAAGAUUUCUGAUUUUGGAAUGGCAAGAAUGUUUAAGGAGGAUGAAGUUGAAGCAAAUACAAGCAGAAUAGUUGGAACAUUGGGUUAUGCACCACCUGAAUAUAUAAAACAGGGCAUUUAUUCAACAAAAUCUGAUGUUUUCAGUUUUGGAGUACUUCUUCUUCAAAUCAUAAGUGGGAAAAAGAAUACAUGUUUUUAUGGUCCAGAUGAACAGCUAAAUCUUCUUGACUAUGCAUUUGAGAUGUGGAGAGAUGGUAAAGGCAUGGAAUUUAUGGAUGAAUCACUUGAUGAUAAAACAUCAUAUUGCAAAUUAUUAAAUUGCAUGCAAAUUGCAUUGUUAUGUGUCCAAAAAAACCCAUUGGAUAGGCCUACAAUGUUGGAAGUUUCUAAUAUGUUGAAAAAUAUUGCAAAUUUAGUGAUUGAGUUCCCUAAGAGGCCUGCAUUUUCUGUAAAAGAAGAUGAAGAAAGUUUGAAGAAAUAUGGCUUAGUGCAAGAAACAGAAGAAGUUGAUACUGCAACAAUUACACAAUUGAUUGCAAGAUGACUGAUGAUAUCAAUCCUACCUAAUGUUCAGAUGCAUUUUAGUGGCUUUAAUGGUUCGAUUCGAUUGGUUAUUUUUAUAAAAAUAUGUAUAUAUCUUUGUUUUGUGAAUUUCUAAUUGGUAUUCGAUAUUCAUAUUGGAGUAUGACUAAUUCAGAUACGUUUAUUACUCCCUCUA